AUGAAUCUCCCCUCUAAAACAGCAUCCUUCCUUUUAUUAAAUGCCUGGAUGAACUGGCAGUAGCAUCUUUUGCCUCACCCCUUGAGCUAUAAAUUUCUUUUUCUGCCACCCUUUUGAGAACUUUUAAGUCUCUAAACUUUCUUAAGUUUGGAUUGUUCUAGUUUCUUUACUCAGAUUUUACUUCUCACAAAAUGGGAAGAAAGCCAUGUUGUGACAAGGUUGGAUUGAAACGAGGUCCAUGGACAAUCGAGGAGGAUCAUAAGCUCAUGAAUUUUAUCCUCAACAAUGGUAUUCAUUGCUGGAGAACUGUUCCAAAGCUUGCUGGGCUUCUGAGGUGUGGGAAGAGCUGCAGAUUAAGAUGGAUUAAUUAUCUUAGACCUGACCUUAAGAGAGGUGGUUUUUCAGAAACAGAGGAGGAUCAGAUCAUUCAGCUUCACGCGCAAUUAGGAAACAGGUGGUCUAAGAUAGCAUCACAUUUUCCUGGUCGAACGGAUAAUGAAAUCAAGAACCAUUGGAAUACAAGAAUCAAGAAGAAGCUAAAGUUGCUUGGAAUAGACCCUGUAACACACAAGCCUAUAGAACAAGCAGAGGAAAAAGGGACUAAGGUUGAGUUGAAUUCUUCUAGCAAAGAAGAGAGCUUGGAGGUCAAGGCACAGGAUGACCAAGGCAAGAAACAGGAAAUUCAAGAACCAAACUUGGAUGAAACCAAUGAUCUUUUAAGCAACUUUGAGAUGAUGCUGGGUGGGAAUUUUGAUUUGGAGCAAUGGUUGGAACAAGAAACAAACACUUGUUCUUCUCACACUUCUUCAUUUUCCCUUGAAGAAUCGAACUCGAACAACCCUUCAACAAUGGAUGAUCAAUUUCCUUCAAUUCAACAGGACCCUCUGCAACAAUGGGUUGAAAGUGUGGAUUCUUUCCUCUCUUGGGACUGUUUCAAUCAACUAGCUGAAGAAAACAUUUUCCUCUUGGGAAAAUAGCUUGAUCAACUUUCCGAACAUACCCUUUUCUGCAUUGUUGAGAAAUAAAAUCUUUAGAAAAAGAUAUCACAUUAUGAUUGUGAUUAAGUGCAAUCGAAUUAAACACUAAAAGCUUCUUCUCUCUUUUAUCUCUGCUUAUUGCUUUGUAUUCAAUCUUUGAAAAAUUUGUACUUCUAUCAUAUUGUUUUUCAUUUAAUUACGUUGAUUUAUCUUCACUCUUUUUAUAAAGAGUAUCAUAUAUG